AUGGCUCCGGCUGUGGCGGCGGCUGCCGCGUCUGCCGCACAGCCGUCUUCACUCUCGCUCGCCGCGCCCGCGCCAGCCCCGUCGGCACCUUCAGACGCGGAGGCACGGGAGAAGCCGGACAGGGCGCAGGAGCGACCGGUGGCGGCGUCGUCGAAGCGCGACUACAAGGGCUUCGUGGCGGGCGUGUUCAGCGGCAUCGCCAAGCUGACGGUCGGGCACCCGUUCGACACGGUCAAGGUGCGGCUGCAGACGACGGACGCGGGCCGCUUCUCGGGCCCGCUGCAGUGCGUGGCCCAGACGGUGCGCAACGAGGGCGUGCGAGGGCUGUACAAGGGCGCGACGCCGCCGCUCGUCGGGUGGAUGUUCAUGGACUCGGUCAUGCUCGGCUCGCUGGCCGUGUAUCGCCGGCUCAUGGCGCAGCAUGUCUUUGGCGCGGCGUCGUGGGCUCCCGGCGCGGGCGACGGGUCCGGGUUCGGCUUCAAGGCGCUGCUGGGGAUAUGGCCGCCCUACGCUUCGUCUUCGUCGUCCUCCUCUGCUGCUGAUGCCUCGAAGGCGUCGUCGAGAUCGUCGUAUCUGCCCCCGCUGGGCCACGGCCUGGCCGGCAUCCUCGCCGGCUCAACCGUCAGCUUCAUCGCCGCACCCGUCGAGCACGUCAAGGCGCGGCUGCAGAUCCAGUACGCGGCACGCAAGUCAGAGCGGCUGUACUCUGGCCCGCUCGACUGCGUGGCCAAGAUCUACCGGCACCACGGCGUGCGGGGGCUGUACCACGGGCUCUCGGCGACGCUGCUCUUCCGCGGCUUCUUCUUCUUCUGGUGGAGCAGCUACGACGUGCUGUCGCGCGCGCUGCGCCGCCACACGUCGCUGUCGGCGCCCGCCAUCAACUUCUGGGCGGGCGGGCUCAGCGCCCAGGUCUUCUGGCUGACGAGCUACCCGAGCGACCUGGUCAAGCAGCGCAUCAUGACGGACCCGCUUGGCGGCGGGCUGGGCGACGGCGCGAGGAGGUUCCCCCGCUGGAGGGACGCCGCCGUUGCCGUGUGGAGGGAGGGCGGGUGGAGGGCCUACUGGAGGGGGUUCCUGCCGUGCUUCCUGAGGGCGUUUCCCGCCAAUGCCAUGGCGCUGGUUGCGUUUGAGGGCGUCAUGAGGACGUUGCCUUAG